AAAAAAAAAAAAAAAGACUACGAGGGAGAUUCACAGGGAGAGUCGGAUGACGUCAUCCUGCUAUCUGGCACCCAACUUAAUUGCAGAUUAGUCGAUGGUUGGCCGGAUGCUAUGCUUCCGCUCCGAGUCCAUUCCCAUUCCCAACUCAACAUCUUCAACAAACUAACAUCAACAAGAACACUCAGCCAUCGUUUCACAAACAGUUUCCGAUCCACCAGGUCCUACCAUCAACCCCACGACCAUCUGCUCGACAUGAACCAAGAGGAGAACAUUCUGCCCCCGCCGAUCGACACCGGCAAACGAUUGGAGGGAGUCAAGCAGUUGAUGAAAACCAAUCAGGUCUCCAUCUACGUCGUCCCAACUGAGGAUGCUCACGGAAGUGAAUAUAUCUGUCCAGCCGAUGCCAGACGAGAAUACAUCACCGGAUUCACCGGCUCCGCCGGAACAGCCUUGAUCUUACUCAAUCAACCCCAGAGUCUGCUCUUCACCGAUGGAAGAUACUUCAAUCAAGCCUCCAAGCAACUUCAUCCUUCCUACUGGACUUUAAUGAAACAGGGGCUUGAAGGCGUGCCCACCUGGCAAGAAUAUCUCAUCAAGGCUGCUGCUGAUCAUCUCGACAACACUGAGGCUCAGAAUUCAACCGGCUUACGAAUCGGAAUCGAUCCUACUCUGUUCAGCGUCAAGGACUCUCACGAUCUAUCUGCGAAGCUACAAGAACAUUCAGCUCAGCUUGUCAGCCUGAAAGACAAUUUGAUCGACAUCGAAUGGGCCUCUUCAAGAUCAGAGAGACCGCACAAUCCAAUCAGGAUCUUAGAGCUCAAGUAUUCCGGCCAAUCGACCUCAGAAAAAUUAGAAAAAAUUUGGGAUAGAUUGAAAUCAUUGAACGAAUCGAGGCGAAACUUGAUCGGGAUCGUGGUUAGCGCGUUAGAUGAAAUCGCUUGGUGUUUGAAUCUACGAGGAAGCGAUAUCGUAUAUAAUCCAGUAUUCUUCUCUUACCUGUGGAUAGGUAUUCAAGAUCAAGUCAUUCUAUUUGUCAACGAACAUCAACUCGAUUCGACUCUCAGCCAGUAUCUACGAGAAAACCAUAUCGAAACUAGACCGUAUGAUUCGAUCUGGAACUUUUUACAAGAGUUUCACGACAGCAAAUUGAACCCUUCAAGUCCAUCCGCGAUCCCUCAUGGAAAGGUACUCAUCUCACCGACUACCUCUCUAGCAAUCGAAAACCAUCUAGGCGGAGAAUCCAAGACGGUCCAAUUGAGAUCGCCGCUCCAAGACCUGAAAGCGAUCAAGAACCCGACAGAAAUCGAAGGAUUCAGGAAUGCCCAUCUGCGUGAUGGAGUUGCUCUAGUCACCUACUUCGCCUGGCUCGAAGAGACCCUCUUAGCUCCCGGUGCGAGGCCUUUGAACGAAUAUGAUGCGGCCCUCGAGUUGGAACGCUUCAGGAAACAGUUGGGGGGCGAUUUUUUCCAAGGUCUCAGCUUCGAUACAAUCUCUAGCUCCGGUAAAAACGCCGCUAUUAUUCAUUACGGCCCUCCUGAAACUGGUUCGGCUAUCAUCGACAAAGAUCAAAUUUAUCUAUGCGAUUCAGGCGCUCAAUACCUUGAUGGUACGACCGACGUCACUCGAACCUGGCACUUUGGAGCUCCCACAGCCGAGGAAAAAAGGGCAUGCACGCGUGUCUUACAAGGCCACAUCAACAUUGAUCAGAUGAUUUUCCCAGAGAAAACCACAGGAUAUCAACUGGAUCCAUUUGCAAGACAAUAUCUCUGGCUCGAUGGGCUUGAUUAUCGACAUGGUACUGGGCAUGGUGUGGGCCACUUCUUGAACGUACACGAGGGACCACAGGGGAUUGGGACUCGACCGCAAUGUGAUCAAGUUAGCUUGAAGGCUGGAAUGACUCUAUCUAAUGAACCCGGUUACUAUAAAGAUGAAGGCUUUGGUAUACGGAUUGAAUCGGUCGUCGUUGUCAAAGAAAUCAAACGUCUUAGUCCUGAACCUCCCAACGAAAACAACGCCAAGCCGUUCUUGGGGUUCGAGAAUUUGACGAUGUGUCCGAUCCAAACCAAGCUUUUGGAUCUUAGUUUAUUGAAUCAGAAUCAGGUUGAAUGGAUCAAUUCUUACCAUCAGCUUGUUUUAGAUAAAUUGAGUCCCCGUUUAACUCACGAUUCGAGGGCAUUAAACUGGCUGAAGAAAGAAUGUCAACCGAUCCCAACCAACUAGACAAUCACCUAAUUUGCUUUGGGGGGAGGGGGCGCUUUGUUUUUCUUAUAAUCCAAUUUGGAAAGUGUAAAUUCUUUAUAAAACAAGCAUUUUUUUCCCUCUAUCUAAUAGAAAGCACUCCCUGAGAAUAAUCAAGUCGUUUGGUCAAUGCCCUGUGUUGGAUAAGCUUUUCUUUUCUUCCUUUUUUGCAUCAUUAUUGGGACAUGUAUCUUUCUUUUGAUGAAAAAAAUCAAGUUCACUGAUAAUCUGAUUUGUUUUGAAAUAUAUUGAUCCAUGGUUGAGUUAUACAUACAUGUCUGGUAGAAGUGAACAUGUAGGA